AUGAUGACGAAGACAACGAUGAUGAUGAUGAUGAGGAUGAUGAUGAUGGUAUAUGCUGUUGCUGCUGAUAGUAGUGGAGGGAUGAAUAGUGACGAUGAUAGCAGUAUUGACGAAGAUCAUGACGACGAUCAUCGUCACUGCAAUGAUCAAGGUCAAGAAGCAACACUACAAUUUACAUCCAAACCUAAUUGAAU